UUCCAUGCUGGUGCACUCCAUACCACACAUGUGACAUUUGAAUUGUAUAAAAAUACGGUAUAAAUAUUUCAUCUGAUGACAUUUAAAGAUGCCGAUUUUGGCAUUGGAUGUAAAAACGGUAAAAUUAAUUACCACUACACAAAUAAUAACAUCCGUGUACGCCGUAGUAAAAGAAUUAAUAGAAAAUGCAAUCGAUGCCGAUGCAGACAAUAUCGAAAUUAACCUUGUAGAUAAUGGUACAUCUUUAAUAGAGGUGAAGGAUAAUGGAUAUGGCAUAUCUAAGAAGGAUGCACCAUACAUGGCAUUACCUUCCUAUACGUCUAAAAUAGCAAAUUUUGAAGAUCUAGAUGCAUUACGAACAUUUGGAUUUAGAGGAGAAGCGCUUAGCGCAGUAUGUGCAGUAGCAGAAGUUACUAUUAUAACAAAAACAGAAGAGGAUAAUGUUGGAACUUCAUAUGUAAUGAAUAAUGAUGGACAAGUUGUAAACUGUGAAUCUUGUCAUAGAACUAUAGGCACUACAGUACAAGUAAGAAAUUUAUUUAAACAAGUGCCUGUGAGGAGACAAAUAAUUACGAAUACGAAGAAAGCUAAUCAGACUAUCAAAUUAUUAGAGACCCUAAUGCAAUGUUUUGGGAUAUGUAAACCAAAUGUACGAAUUCAGUUUAGAGUGAAUAAUAAUAUUACGUUUACAAAACCAAGUUUAAAUAAUAUCAGAGAAGCUGUAAAUCAUAUACUUGGCAGAAAAAUUAUGUCUAACAUGGAAUGGAUUGAGUCUAAAGAUGCAGAGUUCACUCUGCAAUUAAUGUUGCCUUCAAAAAAGAUACAAGAUUUAUCAGAAAUUUCUCAUCCUGAUUUACACUAUAUUCUUGUAAAUAAUAGGCCUGUUAAGCAUAAGGCUCUUGAAAAGCUAACAAAUGGUCUGAUAUUAGAAUAUUUUGAACAAGAGUCAUAUAGAAAGAAAAUAAUAUUUCUUGUGUAUAUUAUUUUGAGCCCAAUGGACAUUGACGUCAAUCUAGAACCAAAUAAAGAUGCAAUUCUUUUCAAAGAUCAAAAUAAAGUCCUUAAUGCUGUAGAUAAAUAUAUAAGAAAAUUCUAUGGACUUAAAGCUACAGAGAUUGCUGAACAAAACGUGUCGUUAGACACAUCUGUCUGUUAUGAGGAUUAUGCAUCUAAUCCGAAUGAAAAUAUUGCUGACACCGAAUGGCCUGCAUGCAAAAAACGAAAAAUACAAGAAAGAGUUAUUCAAGAAAAUAUUGUCAAAGAGAAAUCAAUACUUAAUAACAGUAACGAAUGUAAAAAAUCUUCUCAAAAUGAGCAACAGAAUGAUAAUCAGACUCAUAAUCAGGAACAUCAUGAAGAUGCAUUGGCUUUAACAACUCAUAUACAAUCACCGAAUUUGAGCGAUUCUGAUGAUUCAAAUGAUACCUUUUCUAUCACAACAGUGAUUAAGGAUAAAGCAGCAGAUGAAAGAUUAACUUUAAGUCAAUUGCCUAUAGUAGAUCUUGGUGAAGAUUUUGACUUUAUAGAAGAAAUUGAAAACUCUAAUAUUUUUAUGAACAAAAAUGAUAGAAAAGAAAAUAUCCAAGAAAAAGAGAAAAUUACAAUGGAAACAUGGAGUAAAGGACAGAUCACUGGACUUAAGGGUGGUACAGAUAUAAAAUCGGAUAUUGCUACUGAAAAAUCAAUUGACAACUUAAAUAAUAAACUUGAUGAAACAUUGGAAUCAGAUAGAGCACAUGUUGAUCAUAAAGAUCUUAAUUUUUUAAAACAUGUUAGAUUACAAGUUGCAAAAGAAAAUCCUACAUUAACUGCAGCCCAAACUGCAAGAAAAAUUACCGACUUUUGGAAGCAAUUGUCAUCCGAAGAACGUGGUUAUUAUCGCGAUAUUGCACAAGAAGAAGAAAAGGAACAUAAAACAUACGAAAAACCUGAGGGAAAAGUCGAUGCAAAUAAAGUAGUCUCAGGGAGAAAUAAGAACAGACUUUUACAAUUGUUUGAGAAAAUGAAAAACGCAAAAAAUGAGAGAAAAGAAAACUUAAAUAUGAGGACAAUAGUACCUUGGAUCAUCGACAGAGCUAAAAUAAUCACAAGAUCAGAUUUUGAAAGUGAACACAUAAUAGGUCGAUUGACACCGAACUUAUGGAUUGCUACAAUUUGUGAACAGAUGUGGGUUGUAGAUAUUACUGGUCUGAUCAAAGGUUUGAAAGUUACCGAUAUCGAUGCAAAUAAGAUUGAUGCCAAGAGAAUCGAACAUCUUCUCAAGCAAUGGUUAGUAGAACGAGAUGAUAUGUCAGUGAUGCAUUCUAUAUACAAAUUCGCGAAAAAGGUGUAGACAUUCAUAUUAUUAUUGCAAUUCAUAUAAGAUAUUUUUUUUUAAGUUAUUUAACUAGAUAAUUUUAUAACGUCUUUAUGUCAUAUUUUAUGUACGUACAAUACGUUUAAUAUGCAAAACACAAUCUUGAUGAUUAUUAGACAUAAUUGAGGCAAAAGCAUAAUUUGUAUAAUUCUACAAUUGUAUACACAGCAGAUAAUAAAAUAUAUAUGUA